AUGGCAACACAGGGAAACAAGACAGAAGGAGGAACGGACGAAGAGUUUAAUGACAUAAUCAAGUGGAGAUCGGAUGAACAUGAUUCGGUUCAAAAGAAAACUUUUACCAAAUGGAUUAACGCUCAAUUUUCAAAGACGGGAAAGACGCCCAUCAAGGACAUGUUCUCUGACCUGAAGGAUGGGAAGAAGCUGCUGGACCUUCUUGAAGGCCUCACUGGCUCUGUUCUGACCAAAGAGAAAGGCUCCACCAGAGUACAUGCCCUCAACAACGUCAACAAAGCACUUCAAGUCCUCCAUCAAAAUAAUGUGGAACUGGUAAACAUCGGGGGCACAGAUAUCGUCGACGGGAAUCAUAAACUCACCCUCGGACUCAUCUGGAGUAUUAUUCUGCACUGGCAGGUGAGCACACAGGCCUGUCGACAGCUGCUGUGCACUUUCAAGCUUUCCAUGUACAUAUUUACUUAA